AUGACGAUGCCACUAACUUUCGAGCGUUUGCAUCGCGAUCCACGGCCCAUAACCCAAGACUUGAAAAAAUCAGCAUGCCUGGCUGAUUCGCGAGACGUGGUUCAACCCUGGCUACAGCUGCUAAAGAAAUGGCGCACUUCUCCACCCGGAAUCGGGUAUCGGUUUCUUCUAGUCUUCGACCCGACCAUGGGAGGAGACCAAUUUUCUGAUCGCACGAGCGCAAAGACAUGGUUGCAGAAAGAGGAUGAUCAGUGGAACGGACGUGCCCCAGAUGACGGCUUCCUCAAGAACAACGAAGUGAAAUGGCCGGUUGGCGCCGAGGAUGAGAAAUAUAGGAACGAGGAUCUGGAACAGGCUGUGAGGCCUGCUUUCGGUUUCUGGCUGUUUCCUGUAGAGGCGCUUGGUCCAAUUGAUGGAAAAGGGCUCUUAGAGGACGAACGGUCUCGACCUAGGGGAAAAACGUUUUUGAACAUGACAGAGCACUGGCCUGAACUUGCGUUGUCAAGCUUGCCUUAG